UUGGAUUGUUGAUGGAGUCCUCAUGAGAACUCUGAACAGGAACAGCACGUAUGAUCCAGUGGAAGGUUUGUACAAGUUUCCAUCGGCUCAUUCGAGAAUUCAGUUUUCCAUAUGGGACGGUGGUAUGGGAGCUCCGGGAACUGCAAAAUGGGCCGGCACGCCAACCGACUGGAGCAACCAGAAUCAAGUUUAUACCAUGUAUGUCGAUUGGGUCAACAUCACUUGCAUGACCCCAGGAGAUCCUACGACACCAUGGCCGCCACCAGGUUACGGUCCACAAAACACUACCAAUAGCACAAGCGGCAGCUCAAGUUACACCACACUCGGAGUAAAUCCCAACUCCUCCCAAAAUGGCAAUAAUCCGAAUGAUUCCAAUUCCCCCGACAUCAUCGGAAAUCCGUCCGCCCCCAAUUACAGUAGUUCCUCGAUAAAGAAUCUCGCCAUACCGAUUGGUUCGGUUGUUGGUUUGGUACUGGGUACUGUGGGAAUAUUCUCGCUUUGGAAAUGCGUGUUUAGACCGCGACAUGAAGCUGUCACCCCGCAAGGAAAAUUGUAG